CGAACCUCCCUUUCUCUGAAACUGUACACGUAGUCGUUCUCUUUCAGAAGAAAAAGGAAGCACCAUAUUAAUUAGGAAUAGAGGAGCCAGUAACUAACUAUUAGUACUUGGUCCAGUGUCCAACUACGUACUACAGGAAGUUGUUGAAGAAUUUACUAUAUAAUAAGCCAGCACCAAUUCUUGGAUAUCUUCUUCUACAGCCGUAUGUAUAAGCGAGAUUGAUCUGUGAAUUUGGAUUCCUCUAAUUUCAGGAUGAAGGUAAUGGAUUGUAAACAAAAGACGGCUCAGUCGACAUUAAGGGAAAGCCUGUUUAAAAGCAAAAUACUGGAAAGUAGAGACCUUGCCCUUUCAUUCUAGGAUUGCCACUAACCUUUACCCGAGGAGAUUGAGACAAUAGUAUAUAUGUGUACUGGUUUUUAUAAUACUUCAGGGAAAAAAAAAACAUAAACCCACAGCAAUUGUGCGGGCGAGUUGCCUAGUUAUUAUACUAUAUAUAAAGAAGUAACUGUUAUCACUGUUCAUUCAGUUGUAUGAUCACGAUUGAGAGAGUGGAGCCGCAGAGACCCGUUUAGCUUCGUUUUCCACAGCAAUCGCCGCCGUCAAGCUCCAGACUUAAGUUGGGCCUUGAAAGUUGCAUAUAUUGAAGAAGUUGGGAAGACCAGGUUUUUUAAACUCCUGGAGGCAGAGGUUUGGGAGUUUAAGGAUUUUGCUAACCAACUCCAGCAUCUUCCGCAGCUGCAACUGAAACAAUCACCUUUUGAACAACUGGAGCACUUACUAUUUUGAACAACCUCCAGCAGCAACUUUUGCUAGAUUAACUUAUAACCCUUUUGUAGAGCUAGCAUUUUUGCACCAGCUCCAGUUGAAUGGACUUCAACUAAAAGCAAAGGGCGGGUAAGUUUUCUAGUAAUCUUUGUAUAAAAGUUGUUGAAGAAGACUCGAGGUGUUCAUUUCACGCUUCUGAUUCCAAACGAAACCAGACACCAAAACGCCAUGGACGCCGCUGUUUCAUGCCCCGGUGUCCUUCCCCAAAUGAAGCUCUCCAGCUCCGGCCUCUCCCGCUCUGAUCAUAAAUUCCAGAUUGGUAGGUCUUACGCGAGGUCAAUUGAAGUUCUCUCUUGCAAUAAAGGAUUGCAAAUUGUUCCGAAAAAGCUCGAAUUCUUGUGUUCUGCUGCAUCGAGAGAUGAUGAGAGGAAUGAAAUGGUGUUUGGGGCAUCACAUUGGGAGAAGAAAAGCCCUGUUGGGGAGACAUUGUGUGUUGCUGCGGGUGUAUGCACUUAUGGUGGGACUGCUGUGGAGUCUCAUCACUCCCACACUGUGGAAGAGAAGGUUGGAGUGCUGCUCCUGAAUCUUGGAGGACCCGAGACGCUUGAUGAUGUUCAACCGUUUCUGUUUAAUCUAUUUGCUGAUCCGGAUAUCAUACGUUUACCAAGGGUGUUUCGGUUUCUUCAGAAGCCACUGGCGAAAUUGAUUUCUGUGCUUCGAGCUCCUAAGAGCAAGGAAGGGUAUGCUUCUAUAGGAGGUGGUUCACCCUUGCGUAAGAUGACAGAUGAGCAGGCAAAUGCACUGAAAAUGGCUUUGGAAUCGAAGGACAUGCCGGUGAAUGUCUAUGUGGGAAUGCGGUACUGGUUCCCGUUCACUGAGGAAGCAGUUCAUCAAAUUAAGAGGGACAGAAUAACCAGGCUAGUUGUCCUGCCUCUAUAUCCUCAAUUCUCUAUCUCUACAACUGGAUCAAGCGUUCGUGUGCUCCAGAAGAUUUUCAGGAACGAUCCAUAUUUAUCAAGGUUGCCUGUUUCAGUUAUAAACUCAUGGUAUCAACGUGAAGGUUAUAUUAAGUCAAUGGCUGACUUGAUCUCAAAAGAGCUAGAGAGUUUUUCUGAGCCUGCACAGGUCAUGAUAUUCUUCAGUGCCCACGGGGUACCACUAAGUUAUGUGAAGGACUCUGGAGAUCCAUACAAAGAUCAAAUGGAGGAGUGUAUCUUCUUAAUAAUGAAAGAGUUGAAAGCUAGAGGAAUCAAUAAUGAACAUACUCUUGCCUACCAGAGCCGAGUUGGUCCUGUACAAUGGUUGAAGCCAUACACUGAUGAAGUUCUUGUUGAGCUUGGCCAGAAAGGAGUAAAAAGUCUCCUAGCUGUUCCAGUCAGCUUUGUGAGUGAGCACAUAGAAACUCUUGAAGAGAUAGAUAUGGAGUACAAGGAAUUGGCCCUCGAAUCCGGCAUUGAGAAUUGGGGCCGAGUCCCUGCCCUCGGCCUUACCCCUUCAUUUAUAACAGAUCUGGCAGAUGCAGUUAUAGAGGCUCUACCACUGGCAGCAGCCACUUCAACCCCAAAGAUUACCUCAGCAGUUGAUCACGACCCUAUGACAUGGGUUAUCAAAAUGUUCUUUGGUUCAUUUCUAGCAUUCUUUUUGUUCUUUUCGCCAAAAAUGCUAAUGGCAUUCAGGAACCACCUGAUUUGAGGGAAUAUUGCAAUGGUUUACUACCACGUCAUUGAAGCUGCUCCUACGGAUUACAGUACACUAAAGAACACUGCUUCCUUUUUCAGUUGACCGGUUGACCUUCAUACACGGUACAAGAUUGCAGUUAUAGAGAGAGAAGUUUUGUAUUUAGGCCUUCUUUCGGAAAUGUGUUUUUUUUUUUUUUUUUUUUUUUUUUCCUUUUUCAAAUAAUUUUAAACUGAUUUUAGUAGGGACGGUGCUUGACAAUAUUGAGCCUGGUUUUGUGGAAAUUAGCUUCUUUCGCUGAGUCUCCGAAAAUCAUACGUGUAUACAGUCCUUGCCAUAUCUAUAUAAUUUUCUAUAGAUGUGUAAUUGGCAUUUCAUGAUGCAGGAAACUUUUAUUGUUGCGAAUGUGAUUGUUAUUGUAGGAGCUACGCGCAUCACAUUGCAGUCUUUUUCCUUUUAUUGUUGUGAAUGUUAAUGUAGUUUCAGCGCAUUUUGGUUAGAGCUUUUGUGUUUUAAGUUAAGCUUUUGUUCCAUAGAAGCCGAAGAGACUUUGUGUAUAAAUGUAACUUUUUUUUUUGUGUAUAAAUGUAACUUGUACAUUCAUUUGUAAAUUAAGUUUUAUUCGAUUUUCCUUCUGUUUUAUA